CCCCCGUAGGUAUAACCAAACUUUGUUCGAGAGUUGACCCGGCCUGUUUGUGACUUGUGUGUCAUUUUUGUUGAGAAUCGAGAAAUUCACAUUUAUUUCUUUUGAAAGUGUUUUGAAAUUUUAGCAAUUUUCGUUUGAUGCCCUUCCCAUUUAAUAAAAGUGAGAAAUCAUGGCUACUACAAAGAAGCUUAAGUUACCAAAAGCACUUUUGGAAAUGAAAUUUAUGUUGAAAACCAAAGAGAGAUUGAAAAAAGAGGAAAAUCAAAAAGACUGUGAUCGAUUAUAUUCCAAUAUAAUUACGAACGAAAUGCGACAUGCUUCUGAAAAAAAUAUAUUUGAAUCUAGUUUUACGUUUUGUGAAGACUUAAUAGAAGGUAGAGUAUCAUUUAAAGGAAUGAACCCUGAGAUAGAGAGGUUAAUGGAGCUGGAGAAUAAGCCCAAUGCUUGCGACGGCGAUAUGCAAAAGGACGUCUCCGAUGAGGCUUUAGCUAAAAAUAUGAACAAAUUAUUCAAAAGAAAAGGAUCAUCAGGUUUUAAAGAUUGUGUUCCUAAUAAAAAGAAAAAGAAUUAGGAAUUGAGAUUGUAGGUUUCAUACUAAGACUCUUUACUGAGCUUAUAACAUAUAAGCUUUACCAGAGAAGCACAUGCUAAGGGGUAUUGCUAUUUAUGUGUGAAGGUUAUUUUUGUCAGACAAAUUAUAGACAUGUUAUUGUAGAUUGCAAGGCAACAAUUACCAUAACAUCCUUCAGCUUUCUAUUGAAUUUUUGUAAAUAUUCAAAAAUUUGUGUACUUGUCAACACUUUAAAAUAUUAUUUAAGAUGUUAUUAAUUAAUGUAACAAAAUAUUUGAUAUGUAUGCUAUGUUGAAGUCUUACAGAUUCAUUUUUGUAUGUAAGAAUUUGGAUUCACUCGUACUUGUACAAUAUGAUGGAAAAUGGUUAGGAUUAAUUUUUCAAAAAAUAAAGUAAGAUCAUGAUUGAUUUAACCUUUUUAAAUAAACUUUAUAUUAUAUUUAAAUAUGCAACUUUGUCUUUUCACUGUUAAUAUUUAGUUAUAAUUUUUAAGUACUAUAAUUAAGUAUAAUUUUUAUUGUUGAGUAAAAACAUACAAAUAUUUUGUAGAUAUAUACUAGCGGACCUGGUCAAUUCAAAAAAGUCAUUUAUCUUUAGGAGAUAUGCAUGAGAUAUGUCAUUGGUUGAAUGCUAGGAAUACUGGGGAUUAAAUAAAUAAACAAAUUGCAGUAACAUUCAAUCAAUUUUAUUACAAUCAGACCAUUUUUAAAAUUGUCAGUCUAUUAUGAGAAUAUUUUAGGUGCAAAACUACAAACAAUUUUACAAAUAAGUUGUUAUACUAUUAUCAAAGUCUGUACAUGAUAUUUUCCUCCAGUUUGUACUGUAUUUUCUGAUUCAAGGCUGGGUCCAAUUUAAAAUCCAGCUUUGAAUGUUUCAGUGGUUGCAAAUAUAUUGCUCAGAAUGUAAAAUGAUACGUGAAAACAAAUUUCUGGAGUAAUAUUACCUUAAUUUGAGUUUGGACAAUGGGGAUGAUGACUAGGUUUGAAUAUAUUGAUUUUUAUGAUACAUUCGGGUAAAUAGGGUCAAUGUUAACUAAUUUAUACAUAAAAAGCAAAGAUUGUCUGGAUAUUUGCAAAAUAAAUGAGAUUACAAAAUUUUAAAAUCUAUUAAAAAUCUUUUAUCCUAAUUAGAUGAAAAUUCAUACAGUUUUAGCUUCUUUACAUUAAAUGUGACAUUUUUUAAUAUAUGAACUAUAAACAUAAACGCACAUAUAACAAAGAUAUUAGUAAUUUUGUUUGAACGCACAUACACAUCUAACGAUCAUUGCAUUACAUACAACGUCAUUAGUUCGUGCCAUUUUGUUUUGGGGCUCUUUUCAGAGAUCCGUGGCAGCACCGCAAAUCUGACCCUUUAAAUCCCUGUAGCUCCGAAAGUAAAGGUCGCAGACACCCUGUUCCUUUCCAAAAUUGCUUUACUAUUAGCAUACUCUUAAUUUAUAUACAAUUUAAAUAACUGUCAUCAUCCCUAUUCAGCCCUAAGGAGUUAUUUGCCAAUACCUAAUAAAUGAGAGAGAUAAUAAUUCAAUGCUAUUAUUCAUUUCCUAAAAUUGGUGUGAACCGUUAAAUCUGAAAGUGUAUUUUGUAACAACAAUUUUGGACUGACAAAGUCUUGGGUGUUUACCCAAGACUUCUACACUUUCUGGAUCAACUGUUUUUUAUAAUAAAUUAACAAUAUUUAUAAACUAUCUUUUGUACAGUAUAGCCACUUUAACUUGUUAAAUUUUAGAAUAUAUCAGCAAUUUUAUUACUUGUUUCAAAAAGAACUACACAAAGUCUUAGUUAUUAGCCGCAAUAACAAUUUAGGUGACAAUAUGGCAUCUAAUGAAUUUACCAAUUUUGUGAAAUAUUAUAUUAGCUAAUUUAAAAUAAGUGUUAAUACUUUUUAGUGUGUCUAUUGAUAUUUAAGUACAUUUUAUAUGAUUAUUCUAUAUGUUAAGAACAUAGCGUCAUUAUUAAAAUGAAAUUUAAAAAUACAAUGACCCGGGAGGGUCAUUUGGUGGGUAUCGUCAGUCUAGUCCCUGCUGCAUCAGCGUGUGUAAGUCUCUGAAGGCGGCGCCGAGUCUACCUUGAAGGGUCUGUCUCUUGAGGAGGAAGGCCCGUAUGUCGAGGAGCAGACGGUGGAUCUGCACACACUUGGUGUACCGCUCCUCUCUGGGUAUGUCGACGCCGAGGGUGCGCACCGGCGCGCUCACGUUGGCGCGAACCACCGACGAGAAGUUCCGCACUAUUAGCCUCAGCGCAUUGCAUCCACAUUGCAUGUACCUGUGCAUGACAGUUAUUAAGGUGUAGACAUUGAUUUUCGCCAAAUUUUCAUUUAGUUUAGUAGUUAAGGAGCGUUAAAAAAGCCGAAAAAUAUUUAUAAGUUACAAGUAAAAGAUUCAUUGUGUUGCACGUUUUUCAGUAUCACUAAAUAAUUCAACAAUGCAUUCUGAUGUAGUGACGUUUCUUCCGUUUACACACACACAUACACACGCGUUUGCCCUGUCACUUUAAAUCACUUAUGGAAUAAAAUAAUUUUAUUGUUGAAUUUUACGUGAAUUUACAACAAAUAUAUAAAAAAAUAGUUGACAAUACUUGAUAAUUAUUAUUAAACUGGAGCCGGUUAAAAAAACAUUAUCUAUGGCUUAAUACAUGCAGUAAGUUUUGCUAUGCUUUGUAAAUUGUGCUAUGUCAAUUGGGUCUGAUUUAUGAAUCUCGUUCUCCUGAUAAAUAAAGUCUUGUUUAUGAAUACCUUUCUGAAAAGCUAUUGAAUAUAAAAAAACAAUACUUACGAUUCAUAUUUGCUUUGGAGCAGUUCAUAUAUUUUAGGCAGCAUUAAAAGGCAUAUGUCUAAGUUCCACAAUGAUCUGGAAAAGAUACAUAUAUUUUUAAAUCUUAAAUACGAAAUAAAUUAGAUUAGAAAAAUCUGAGUAAAGUCUUUGCAUAUUAAAGUUGUAAUAGUCAAUAAUUCACAAUUAAUAAAAACAUAAUUUUAUUAUUUCUUACGGUUUAUGUGCCAUCACGUUCAGAAUGUCCAAGAUCACAGAAGCGUCAUCUAAAGCUAUUGCGGAUUCUAAUGCUGAUUUUAGACUUUUGUUAAUUCUCACUGAAUGAAAAAUCUGUAACAAAAAUACAUUAUGUACAGUUAGUAAAAAACAUGACAACAGAAUGUAUCUAUUGUACUUUAAUAGAGAUUUGACACUAAAUAUUAAGAAUCAAAUUAAAUAAUAAGUGUUAUGA